ACAUCUUUUUUUGUUUUGUUCUAAAUGUUUAAUUCUUCAGUGGAUGGCAAUAACCAGCUGACUCCAGGCAUAUGAAUCCAUCAUGAGAUAAACUAAACCCCUUUGACUCACAUAUUGUCCACGGUUUGGGUUAAAUCUACAGGGGAAACUACUGUGAUGCAAAGGAAGUGUUGUGUCAUUUGGUUAAACUGUGCUGCUUCCUUUUCCCUUUUUUGUCAUUCCUUGAGUUGAGAGCAAACUAAGUGUUUUCAGAACAAGGGUACGGCAAACGAAAAUAACUACUACCUUGAACCUCAAAUACUUGUAUUUGUUUGUUCCUGUUGAACGGGACCCAAGGAACCAUUGAAGUUAUUGAAUGGAAACUGUACUGUAAAUGGAGCAUGGUGGCUUGCAAGGACAUCUAUUGUGUACUUUCGGUGGACUUCUGACUUCUUAGGUGAGUUUUGUUUGUUUUAUUUCAGAUCGAUUGAGUCUGUUUUGCCAAUAUGGGCAUCAGUAUCUCUAUGAUGUUUGGGUUCUGAUUCAGGCCGUUGGGUUUGAGGUAAAGAAGACACCCCCAGCUCACGCUGUAGCAAUGCUAAAUUGACGCCAGCAUUGUAUCUAGAAGUGCUCAAGACCUCUAAUUUCAGUAACCAUCUAGUGCCACAUUCAAAGACUCAACGUAAAUUCCAGCGAAGCUGACUAUGAGAGCGGAGUGUUUAUUACUGGCAUUGCAAUGCCUGUUGGGAUUUGUGCACUAUUGCGGAGCAUUGUCAACAUGCAGUCCUUUAGACCUGGAACUAAUAAAGAGAAAGCGCAUCGAAGCCAUUCGAGGACAGAUUCUCAGUAAGCUACGACUGUCUAAAGAACCAGAAAUUAGUGAGGAAGAGGUGAUAGAUAUCAUCCCAGCAGAACUCAUCUCAAUAUACAACAGCACUGUGGAGCUAAAUGAGGAGCAGGCGGCGAAUCCUGUACACCAACCUAUAGAAGAUCCUGUAGAGGAGGAAUACUAUGCUAAGGAAGUUCACAAGUUCACCACGUUAACAACAUCAUUGGACGGAACCCCAAACAAGCUUCGGUUCAACAUCACAGAUAUAAGCCACAAAUUGGGUUUAAACAACACAGUCUCCCAGGUGGAGCUCCGUAUGCAAAUCAAGGAUGUUUCAAUAGAUCCUGGUUCAGAGCAGAGACUGGAGCUUUAUCAGGUCACUAGGAACAUAUCACGCUACCUGGAGUCACGUUUCAUUUCCAGUCAAAUGUCUGAGAAGUGGCUGUCGUUUGAUGUCACACAGACCUUGAAGGACUGGCUGCAAAGGAAUGAAGCAGAGCAAGAAUUUCAAUUGAAGAUGGCUGAUAGUUGUAAUCCUGAGAAGCAGUUUCCAUUCAAAAUAAAAGGUUUGUUUCGUCUAAGAGGUGAUCAAGCCCCAUUAGCAGAAAAUAUGCCUAAGCCUCACAUUUUGGUAAUGUCACUUCCUCUUGAUGGCCAAGGCUCAUCAAAAUCUCGCAGAAAACGUCAAACAGAAACAGAUCGAGUUUGUACUGAUAAGUCUGAGGGCUGCUGUGUGAGGAGUCUUUACAUUGACUUCCGCAAAGACCUGGGCUGGAAGUGGAUACAUGAACCUUCUGGUUAUUAUGCCAACUAUUGCACUGGCUCUUGCUCUUUCGUAUGGGCUUCAGAAAAUAAGUAUUCACAGGUUCUUGCGCUGUAUAGGCAUCACAAUCCUGGUGCAUCUGCUCAACCCUGCUGUGUACCGCAGGUUCUAGACCCACUGCCCAUCGUUUACUACGUGGGCCGCCAACAUAAGGUAGAACAGCUGUCAAAUAUGAUUGUGAAGACCUGCAAGUGUUGCUAAAGGCUCUGUCACCGUUCGGUCCCGAUGAGCAAAAUCAAGAGAGGAACAUCUUGAGGCAAUUGUAACGCAGUAUUUUUCGAGGGGAAUUAUUUUAUUCCUUGUCCUUUUUUUUUUUUUUUUUUUUACUCCAGUCACACUUAGAUGUAUUGAUUGUUUUGUACUGUUGUACAUUUAUGUUGUGUAUAACACUCUACAUAUGCUGUUCAUGUUGUCAUAAAAGUGGUCAUAUUCAUUGUUUGAUAUUAAGGUGCCCAAAGUGUUUCCCAAAAUUUUUAUCACAGUUCAGGUUUAGAUUAUUAUGUCUCUUUUGUCAGAAACAACUGACUAUUGGACAUAUGUGUACUGUACAGGAUGUAUUAAUAAAUGGAAUAUAACAAUUGUCCUUGAUAUCUGUACUUCUAGGUCAACAAGCAUUGCUUACUUAUUACUUAGGCUAAUUAUGCUGUUGAUAUUGAAAAUCUUAUUUUUUAAAUACGUGCUUGAAGAAAUUAUUUUAAAUAUUUUUUUUGUAAUUAAUCCUUCUGAAAACAAAGAAUACACUGUUUUAAUACCAUGAGGUAUUAGCUCCAGAAUUCAGCACUGUUGCAACAAUGUAGAUCAGAGUUUUGCAAGUCUGUGCUGUUGUUGUAAUUUUAUUGUGGUAUACCGUAUUUGUGAUCACGACUGAUUUUUUUUUAGUGCAUGUUGUUCUGUUUUUUCCAGAAUUCACAUUUGUUACAGGUGUUCAGGAAAGACGAUUUCCUGCCUGCUAUUUUGUUGUGGCUUCAGGGCUGGCAAGGCUUUUUCUUGUUUAUUUUUAUAAAUUAUAUGAAUUUAAAGUUUUUUCACCACAUUUUAUGUCAUUUAUUUUACUCUUUCUAAAAUAUAACAGAAUUAGAGACAGGUAAUUCUGUAGAAUUAUGUUUAUCUACCAAUUUGUUGUUUACAUUGUCUCCUUGGCCUCAGAAACUAUACAGCCAUUCCUGAUUAAAGUGGGCUGCCAACACAGGCAUGGAUAUAGACAAAUACAUUUGUAUAUAUAAGUAAAAACGCUAAACAGACUUUAAACGUGGUACCAGCACACUUUAAUAAAAUUAAUAAUAAAAUGAAUUAUAAAUGAACAACCAAUACAACAGAAGCUGUAGAUAUUCCAUAGGUUUUUGUCCUAUGCUUCCAUCUAGUGGAGCAAGUGGGAUGACGCUAUUUAGUAUUAUUUGCACUUUCCACACAAACGAAUGUAGAUGAAUACUCGUUCUUCGACAUGUUUCUAAAAUGAUUAGAUGUUUGUUGAUAAAAUAUUUUCUGACAUUCUGAUCUUUUAACGUGGAAUCUCAGUUCCAAUAAUUAUUAUACUUGCAAUGGAAUGUGUUUUACGGCUUUCCAGGCCUCAUGUUAAUUUACAAAUAUCUAUGGCGCCUUCUACUGGAUAGAAAUGUACCAUUUGUUAUUUUAAUGUCACUUAACGAAUAAAAUCUAUA